UAGAGUAACCAAAUAAACUACCUCAUAUGUGCGGCGGCCAUUUUCCUGUAGUCGCGCAAGAUAUUAGAACGUCAUAUCCUGCUACAGAGGGGGCGGACUUAGGGAGUCCUCAGCCGUCAUUUUGGAGAGCCUCAUUACUACAAGAGAUAAAUACGCAGUGUGGAUCCACAGAGUCUUAGUUUAGUCAUCACGUGAUUGUGAAACGCGUCCUGUAUAAAUUGCUGAGUCACUGAAGAUGGACAAGGACCGGAGUCACAUGACCGACAGGAUACUAAACCUAACUCUGGAGAUCAUCUACGUGCUGACUGGGGAGGAUUAUACAGUAGUGAAGAAGAUAUCCAGUGACCAUUUGACACCCAUCGGCUGUGACUCCAUCACUGUGCCUCCAACUCACUCACUGAUAAAUGAGAGACAAAAUGACCAAAUGAUCCUGGAACUCACCAACAAGAUCAUUCAGCUGCCAACUGGAGAGGAGGGGGAGUAUAUAGAGGAACACAGGGGUCUGUACAAGGAUGUGAUGAUGAAGAAUCACCGGCCCCUCACAUCACUGGAUGGACCCAGUAACAGAGAUACCCCAGAGAGAUGUCCCCGUCCUCUGUAUUCCCAGGAUUGUACAGAGGAGAAUCACAGGAUCCCACAGGAGGAUCAGGGUGAAGAUCUGACUGAUAAUAAGGCAGAAGAUAUAAAGAGAGAAGAAGAGACGUAUGUGACAGUUAAUAUUGCAGAAGAUACAGAGGAAGAAGAGACGUAUGUGACUGAUAUAAAGGCAGAAGAUGUAGAGAGAGAAGAAGAGAUGUAUGUGAGAGGUGAUCAGUUGUGUAAGGAGGAGGAAAUUCCUACAGAUAUCAGCACAGCAGAUGGACAGAGAGGCAGGAAUACCUCGGAGAGACAUCUAACUAUGUUUCCAGAUUUGAAAUUAGAAGAGAGCAUCUCAUGGUAUUCUGGAGGAGAAUACUCCAUUACCCCAAUUAUACAUCCAGUGCCUCACAGUGCCGAUAUAUCAUCUGUUCCCGCUAACCAUGAGGAGUGUAACAUUAAUUCAGAUGUUGCUACACAUAGUACAGCUCCUACAGAUUCUACAGUCUUUCCCUCUUCUGAAUUUGUUAAAUCCUGUAAUAAUCAGUCAGUCUUUGUUACACAGGAGAAUCGCACAAGUAAGACACAAUUUUCAUGCUCUGAGUGUGGGAAAUGUUUUAAAUAUAAAGCAAAUUUUAUUGAACAUCAGAGAAGUCACACAGGCGAGAAGCCAUUUCCAUGCUCUGAAUGUGGGAAAUGUUUUACACAGAAGUCGAAUCUUGUUACACAUCUAAAAAAUCACAGAGAUAAGAGACCAUUUUCAUGCUCUGCGUGUGGGAAAUGUUUUACAUAUAAAUCACGUCUUGUCAUACAUAAGAGAAGUCACACAGGUGAGAAGCCAUUUUCAUGUUCUGUGUGUGGAAAAUGUUUUACAUAUAAAUCAUUUCUUGUCAUACAUGAAAGAAGUCACACUGGUGAGAAGCCAUUUCCAUGUUCUGAGUGUAGGAAAUGUUUUAAAAAGAAAUCAGGUCUUGUUAGACAUCAGAUAACUCACACAGGUGAGAGGCCAUUUCCAUGUUCUGAGUGUGGGAAAUGUUUUACACAGAAAUCAGAUCUUGCUGCACAUCAGAGACGUCACACAGGUGAAAGGCCAUUUCCAUGCUCUGAGUGUGGGAAAUGUUUUACACAGAAAUCCGAUCUUGUGAUACAUCAGAGAAGGCACACAGGUGAGAAGCCAUUUUUAUGCUCUGAGUGUGGGAGAUGUUUUAAACAGAAAUCAUAUCUUGUUAAUCAUCGGAGAACUCACACAGGUGAGAGACCAUUUCCAUGUGCUGAGUGUGGGAAAUGUUUUACACGUAAAUCAGCUCUUGUUAGACAUCAGAGAAAUCACUCAGGAGAGAGACCAUUUCCAUGCUCUGAGUGUGGGAAAUGUUUUACACAUAGAUCUGAUCUGGUUAGACAUCAGAAAAUUCACACAAAAUGAAAACAAUAUCAAUGAGCUCACCGAUAUGAAAGAGGAUUGCAGCAAUCUAUAUAUUAUGAAAAGCAUUGAUAUUAAAAUUUGCAAUUCAAGUACGGAGUGUAUUCUCAAAGGUAUAUUUUCCUCACCUAUUCAUUAUAGAGGACAAUUAAAAAUUCAAGUCGUUGCCAUACACAGACAUAGGUGAAAUUUUCGCCAUCGACGUAAGACUGGAACAGAAUGUACAUGUAUGGAUGUUAUUGCAAUCUACUUAUUCUGUUAGAUGUCGGUAUCUGUUAUAUCUCUUCACAACAUUUUGGCCAAAGCCAAGGAAUUAAUUUGUUUUGACUGUGGUCUUAUUUGCAGCAAGUAAAGAAGAUUUAAUAAGUUGGGACAGGGGUACAACCAGCUCCAAUCGAGGGACUCAAGCUCCUCCUCUUCAUAUGCAACCUGUCCUACCGACACCAGUUUUUGGUGCCUAAGUUUUUUUUUUGUGACAAGUAAAGCUAGUGUUCUGAGUUGUACUCCAGCUUGUUAAGAAUUUGGGAGAUUUUUACGUUUUAUUCUUUCCUCUUUGGCUAAUAGGGGGUGAGUGGGUGAGUUCUUUCCCUCCAUUUUUCUAUGGAGCCUUUAGCUGAUCAAUUAUGUUCUUUUCAAGCCCAGAACUUUAGUAUACCGUAGUUGCGGCAUGCCAGUUUAGUCAGACAGCCAAACAGGCCCCAGACCAACACACCGAUAUUAGACAUCGUGAGAAGGUAGCCCAUCAGGAGAAGCCCUUGGUAAAAGCUCAUCUGUUAUGUUUCAUGGACAAGUGGUUAGAAUCCACUUCAGAGACUUGGUAAGAGAUAUUUACAUAGGUUUAUAUUAUAGAUCUUCUACCAGUUCACUUGAUCCAAGAAAGUGUCUGGCUUUACAAGAGGCAAUUUAGAAGUUUCAGCAGGAAUUGUCCCAGUACCUGCCGGCAGAGAGAUGUGAUAUUUUAUUGAAACCUUUUCCUUGGUCAGAAGCCAGACGGGUCUUUUGGGCCACUGCAUUCAGAGUCUUUACCAAGGUGAUGGAGGCCUUGCUAAGGUUUAAUAAAAGUAGUUACUCCAGAGAUUCUGUUAGAUCGUGUCAGAUUAACAGAACGAAGAGUUGGUUUCCCAUGGUUGGGUAAUAUAUUGUUUAAAAUUAAAUAAUCAAGUCUAGUUCUGGAUUUUCCUGGGCAAACUGUUCAAAAUCAGACUUAUGAGGGUUUUUCCUUCUGGAAGCAAGAUUCCCUUCCUACAAAAAAUGGUAACAUAGCUCCUGAAAUAGAGACGUGUUGGUACUUUAUUGCAUAAAGGCAUUGGGCAAGAUGGUCUUCACUUAUCAGGCAAAUCAUUUUGCCCAAUUUCACUCUCAGAGGUUACAGAUAAAGAUUUGAUGCAGAUGAUACAGGUCCCAUCUUCAUCUGUAAUAUGUAUUUCAUUCUGUUCACUGUUGUAGCAACCUAACAGGUCAUUCUUUUGUAAUGUCAGAAUGACAUUACAUGUUUCAGGGCAGGUGGUUUCUCGAAGAGUCCUUACUCCAUAUCCAUGUUCUGAAACUUUAGGCUGGUCUUCAGUGCCCGAAAUUCCCUUUACAUAGACCAGUUCCUCAAGUCUACAUAAAGGGUCAGACAGUCUCAGUUAAUUUAGACAUUGCUAUUAUAAUAGCAUAUUUGAACCAUCAGGGGAUACCAAGAUUGCCCAGACCACAGAGACAUCAAGGAUCUUCCUAUGAGUGGAGAGGAAUGUGCGGUCUCUCGCCGCUUUGUAUUUUCCCGAGGUGAGCAUUGGGCAAUGGACUAUCUCAGCAGACAGAACCAACAUUUGGGGGAAUGAUCACUCCAUCCAGAUGUUUUCCAACAGAUAGUGGACAAAUGGGUUCAACCAGAUAUUAAUAUGAUAGUGUCCACAUUGAACUUCAAAGUAAGACAUUACUGUACCAGGAUAAGAGAUCCAGGGUUGGUAUUAGUUGUGGUAGUGAUGGUCUUUUAGGAUUAUCCCCUCAUUUACCAUGCUGCAGAAGGUCAUGGAAAAGGUAAAGGGUACGUCAUUCUUGUUGCUUUAGACUGGCCAUAAAGGGUCUGGGAAUUUGGAUCUGCUGUGCAGGUGGCAGGCUCUUGCAUUGCCUGGUCCCUUAAUCCAGGGGAGAUUCCUACAAUCAGCAUUACCGCAUCUAGCUUGGUUAUUCAGAUCCAAAAUGUAUUCAGAUAAGUUGAAAAAGACCACAAUGAAUGUUAGGUGGCCUGCAUCAGCCAAAAGGUAUCACAGAGUGUGGAAAUCUUAUGUGGCCUGGUGUGAAUGGAUGAAGGUCCCCACUUUGACCUUCACGUUGGCACAACUGUUCAUGUUUUACAGGAGGGUCUUGAUGCAGCGUAAAGGUGGGGUUAUCUGAAAGUUCAGUCAUGUCAGUGUUUUGUUUUUUUAAUCAGUAAAAAACUAGUAACAAUUCCAGAGUUCUAGACUUUUGCAAAGCUUUCCCCAUUUUCAAGGCCAGUACUCAACCUCUGUUCAAAGGCAUUUUUUAAAUAUGGCCGUCCAAGGAAAAAGUUUGGAUGCUCCUGUUAUAGACCAUGCUUUUUUCACUGGUGGACUUGUGUAAUUCAAACAAAUGAUAAGAACUAUUUAGAUUUUCAGUCAAUGAGAAAGUUUCCGUUGUGGGGUAUAUAUAUGUGAUAAGUAAUGGUAGCUUUUGUAAAGUGAAUGUGAAACUAGAGACAUUUAUACACAUCGCAUUGCUGUAGUUUAGGAAUCAUAGUUUAGAAUACUCCACUAACAAAUGACUCCGUAGUCAGCACGUCCUCUUCUUUUUACAUUAUAAGAGCUCCUAUGGUUUAGAACGGUGAGUUCUAGCUGUUGGUCCGUUCCCAAGUGCAUCUUUCUUUUCCCUUUUGUUGUACGUUACCCGUGGUCAUCCUUGGAAAACUCUGAAGGUGAAGAUGUUGAUCUGUGCAAUAGUGUUACCAAGGAGCAGCAGAGAGAGGAAAGUGAUAGAGUGAGGUGAAGCUGGUGGGGUUAACGGCAAAAAUCUAAAAAAGUGUUAAUAAGAUGUUUUGUGCAGAAUUAUGUUAUCAUUGUGUUGUGCUACUAGGUUUCUCCUGUUAUGUUGAUGCUUCCCCACCUAUUAUACUAUAAUGUUACGACUACAACGGUGCCAGAUCUUGUGAACUUUUUAGUUAUGUGGGACACGAACAUAAAUGUUUUUGUAUUUUAUUCGGUGAAACCUUUCUAUUAUGCCGUACAAUGACCUUUAAUGUGAUCAGCUUACUAUGAAUAAAAUAAUUUAUACAACGUA